AAAGCUCCGGCAGUGACUGGGAGGGGAAUAGGAGGAGGGAUAGAGGGAUGGGAAAAGCUGCACAAAGGAAUUCCUCACCCCAAGCCCCCUGACCGCCAGCGAGUAAAGAAGCAGAUUUGUUCUCCCUCCCCUUUCCUCCCUCCCAUCUUCCCACCCGGGCUGUGCCCAGGCCACAGAGCAGCUGCAGGCCUUGGGAGAGGACCCACACAGCCUCCUGUAGGUGGCAACAGUGCCACCUGUUUGACUCAGAGGGCUGAACCGAAGACUGAAAAAGGGAGGAGGCAGACCACUCGGAGACGAGCUGGGAAGCAGUACAGAGAGCAGAGCGGAGUGGAGCUGCCGCUGAGCAAAGGCCUUCACCAUGGCCGAGUCCCUCGGCUGCUGCUCCGUCUGGGCCCGCUGCCUCCACUGCCUGUAUAGCUGCCACUGGAGGAAAUGCCCCAGAGAGAGGAUGCAAACCAGCAAGUGCGACUGUAUCUGGUUUGGCCUGCUCUUCCUCACCUUCCUGCUCUCCCUGAGCUGGCUGUACAUCGGGCUCGUCCUUCUCAAUGACCUGCACAACUUCAAUGAAUUCCUCUUCCACCACUGGGGACACUGGUUGGACUGGUCCCUGGCAUUCCUGCUGGUCAUCUCUUUACUGGUCACAUAUGCAUCCUUGCUAUUGGUCCUGGCCCUGCUUCUGCAGCUUUGUAGACAGCCCCUGCAUCUGCACAGCCUCCACAAGGUGCUGCUGCUCCUCAUUAUGCUUCUUGUGGCCGCUGGCCUUGUGGGAUUGGACAUCCAAUGGCAGCAGGAGUGGCAUAGUUUGCGUGUAUCACUGCAGGCCACAGCCCCAUUCCUUCAUGUUGGAGCAGUCGCUGGAAUCACCCUCCUGGCCUGGCCUGUGGCUGAUACCUUCUACCGUAUCCACCGAAGAGGUCCCAAGAUUCUGCUACUGCUCCUAUUUUUUGGAGUGGUCCUGGUCAUCUACUUGGCCCCCCUAUGCAUCUCCUCACCCUGCAUCAUGGAACCCAGGGACUUACCACCCAAGCCUGGGCUGGUGGGACACCGAGGGGCCCCCAUGCUGGCUCCCGAGAACACCCUGAUGUCCUUGAGGAAGACAGCUGAAUGCGGAGCUACUGUGUUUGAGACUGAUGUGAUGAUCAGCUCCGACGGUAUCCCCUUCCUCAUGCAUGAUGAGCACCUGAGCAGGACCACGAAUGUAGCCUCUGUGUUCCCAACCCGAAUCACAGCCCACAGCAGUGACUUCUCCUGGGCUGAACUGAAGAGACUCAAUGCUGGGGCCUGGUUCCUAGAGAGGCGACCCUUCUGGGGGGCCAAACCGCUGGCAGGCCCUGAUCAGAAAGAGGCUGAGAGUCAGACAGUACCAGCAUUAGAAGAGCUAUUGGAGGAAGCCGCAGCCCUCAACCUUUCCAUCAUGUUCGACUUGCGCCGACCCCCACAGAACCACACAUACUAUGACACUUUUGUGAUUCAGACAUUGGAGACUGUGCUGAAUGCAAGGGUGCCCCAAGCCAUGGUGAUGUUGACAGGACACCCUCUCCCUACCCUGCCUUCCCUAGGCCAUGAUGAUUAUAAUGAUUUUGAGACUGGUCCCUGGCCCCAGGGCCCUGCCCCAGCUCACAUAUCCCAUUCUGUGGUCAAACCUCUCUGCCCCUGUCCCUGCCCUUGGAAUCCCAAGGUCUUCCCCAGCUUCACACCCAUCCUUCCUGAACCACAGGUCUUCUGGCUACCCGAUGAAGACCGGGCUAACGUCCAACGACGGGCACCUGGAAUGCGCCAGAUAUAUGGACAUCAGGGAGGCAACAAAACUGAGAGGCCCCAGUUUCUCAACCUCCCCUAUCAAGAUCUGCCACUAUUGGAUAUCAAGGCACUGCACAAGGAUAAUGUCUCAGUGAACCUAUUUGUAGUGAACAAGCCCUGGCUCUUCUCCCUGCUUUGGUGUGCAGGGGUGGAUUCGGUCACCACCAAUGACUGCCAGCUGCUGCAGCAGAUGCGUUACCCUAUCUGGCUUAUUACCCCUCGAAACUACCUAAUCAUGUGGGCCAUUAUCAAUUGUGUCUCCACCAUGCUGCUUUUGUGGAUCUUCCUCCUCCGAAGGAGAUUUGGUAAGAAGAGAGAGAAAACUGGCUUAGAAACAGCAGUGCUGCUGACAAGGAUCAACAAUUUCAUGAUGGAAUGAAUGCCCUGCCCUGCCUCCCCACCCAAGCCAGUCUACAUUGCCCAAACAGCAAGGGUUGGGAGACUGGCUGAAAUGGAAUCCUUCAGGGGUGGUGGGUUGCAGUCGGGGGAGCUUUGCCAACAGGAGGUUUUGAACCAUGUGGGCCCUCUGCCCAGAUGAUGAGCAUUCCCUAAACUGCUAUGGAAUCUGCUCCCCUUGGGGUUUUGACCUGAGGUGUUUGGGAAAACAGUGAGUCAUGAGAAGUUUCUCCCCAAAUGAAACUAGAACAGAGGAAGAAAAAGGGAGAUUGCUCGGAUAAUGUCUCAGACUUGUGUGCACCUGUUUUUGCACAGAAGGCACAGGGUGUGUCGGGGUGGGAUAGCUUGGAAGAGGGACUGAAGGAGAUGACAAAAUGGUCUUUCCCGAAGAACUAUAAGAAGAUAGAGACACCAUCGCCACCCCACGAUGUACUGUCUUCCCCGACCCUUGCAACUUAGCUGCUUUGCUGCCUAGAGGCUAGUUGCUGAAGAGCCCAUCUAGCCACGUAAUUCCGUGCUUACAGGUGGCUUUUUGCUGUGGGCAGCCUUUUCUUCAAGGCAAGUUGGUUGCUGUAUUUCGUCUUAAUCUAUUACUCAAUGAAUGUAA